CAUUUUGUUUAUUUUCGCGUGACGGAGAGAGAUCCGUGAGCGACCGAUCGCGACGUACGGGAUCGGCCCGCGCGCAUUCGUACGUGUUGUUCGAGUAACGUCCGGCUUCACGGACGCUGGAGAGAGAGAGAAAGAGAGAAAGAGAGAGAUAAAGAUAAGGAGGAAGGGUAGGAGAAUCCGCUGCGUGGACGACAGUCGACACAGGUGGGUUCGCUCGCAGACGCAGCCGGAAGUCGCGGUUGAGUCGAUCGAGAAUCAGCAGUGAACCCGAUCGAGAUCCGUGGCGGCGACGAGCAGCUACGUAGAGAGAGAGGAAGAGCGAGAGAGAGAGGGAGAAAGAGCGAAAGAGAGUGAGCGAGAAAGAGUGAGAAAGAACGCGAAGUGAGUAACGGGAGCAACGUUGUCAACGUCGUACGCGAUCGUCGUUCUCGCGGCCUCGCGCAUCGUCGUCAACGUAGUCGUCAGUGAUCGCGUCGUCGACUCGUCGCUGAGCGCCGGUAAAAGCGCGCAGCGGAAACAGUUUUUCACGGAUCGGCCGUGCGCGGGAGGAGGAAGGGGGGAGGCGGAGGCGGAGGUGGAGGUCGGUGCGCGAGGCGCCGCGCCGGAACGAGAGGCGAGACGACCGUCGCUGCCGCCGCCACCACUAACACCAUCACCGACGUCACCAACACCACCAGCGGUGGGCAGCAGCAGCAGCACGCAGCACGCAGCAGCACCACACAACCACCACCGCGGACAUCGUCACGGACGAGGUCGCCGUCGUGGUCUCUCUCGCUACCGCCAGUCCGCCACCGUCGCGAAGAUAGCCGUGAUCGUAGCCGUGGCUACGGGAACCUUUACGGCUUUGCGGGACACUACGGGGAGGCGCGCGUCAAGGGGAGUAAUCGUGUAAACCGUGUAGGAACACGGUGUGCUCGCGGAGUCGCGUAUCCAGCGAUUUAAUAACACGAGGGUGGAAUAUAUGCUGUGGGCGUCCCCCGUGCGAGUGGGGGCACUUGAUGGCCGCAGAAAUUGGGCGAACUGCGAGCAAACAUCUAUCGACGGAGUGCGGUAAAGCGACGUCGUUGUCGAGUCCCGGUGGCGACGUGGGCUUCGAUAGUAGCCGGGUGAUCGUGGAAACGGAACAGCAGCAACAGCAGCAGGAGCAGUUGCAGCACGCGCCGCAGCGACAACUUUCGCAACAGGAUCGAAACGGUCGCAGAUUGGUGCAGGUCAAGAAGUUGGGUAAAACGACGACGACAUCACCUCCUAGCCGGAAUCGCGUGCCGUUUGCGACCGCGCAGCCAGCAGCGGGCAACGAUCAGCAGCAGGAGCAGCAGCAGCAGCAGCAGGCGCUGAUCAACGCGGACAACGUAACCUCGACGGCGGAGGCCGUCACCGAGGUACCCGGCGCCAUCAAGACGACCAUCAACAUCGGCUUCGCGAUGAACCACGUAAACGACCAGGAGAACCUCAAGCAGCUCAGCCUCGCGCCUGUUCAGGUUAACGAGGUCGAGGAGAUGGACACGCAGGAGGAAACCCCAAAUGAUGGUGGGGGAGACGGAACUGACAACCGUCCUAUAAAUGGUGAACCAGAAUUAGCAUGUAUAGUUCAGGAUCAAGAAAUGGAGGAAGAUGAGGCCAGAUCGGAGGCUACUUUUCGAUAUACUGUUGAGAAUAUAUCUAAGAUGAAGGACUCGCAGUUGUCCCCUGCGUGUUACGUUCGCAAUUUACCAUGGAAAAUAAUGGUGAUGCCACGAUCAAGUCAGACACAGGAGAGACAGCCACAGCGAUCUCUUGGAUUUUUCCUUCAGUGUAACGGGGAGAGUGAAUCUACAUCUUGGAGUUGUUACGCUGUUGCUGAGCUGCGUCUUCUUUCUUGCAAAGAAGGACAAGAACCAUUUAGCAGAAAAAUUCAACACCUCUUCUACAGUAAAGAGAAUGACUGGGGUUUUAGUCAUUUUAUGACAUGGCAGGAUGUUUUAGAUCCUGAUAGAGGUUUCAUAAAAGAUGAUUCAAUCACGCUUGAGGUUCAUGUAGUAGCUGAUGCACCUCACGGAGUCAGUUGGGACAGUAAAAAACACACGGGAUAUGUAGGCUUGAAAAAUCAGGGUGCUACAUGUUACAUGAAUUCUUUACUGCAAACUCUUUACUUUACAAAUCAGUUACGAAAGGCAGUAUAUAAAAUGCCAACAGAGAGUGAUGAUUCGAGUAAGAGUGUUGCACUAGCCUUGCAAAGGGUUUUUCAUGAGUUACAGUUUUCCGACAAGCCUGUCGGUACAAAGAAAUUAACUAAAAGUUUUGGUUGGGAAACGCUGGAUUCUUUCAUGCAGCAUGAUGUGCAGGAAUUUCUACGAGUGCUAUUAGAUAAGCUGGAGAGCAAAAUGAAGGGAACAUGCGUGGAAGGUACAGUGCCAAAAUUGUUUGAGGGAAAAAUGGUCUCUUUUAUCAAGUGUAAAAAUAUAGACUACAAAUCCACAAGAGUUGAAACAUUUUACGACAUACAGUUAAAUAUAAAAGGCAAGAAGAACAUUUACGAGUCUUUUAGCGAUUAUGUGAGUACGGAAAGUCUCGAUGGCGAUAAUAAAUACGAUGCGGGAGAGCAUGGAUUACAAGAAGCGGAAAAAGGCGUCAUCUUUUCGUCCUUUCCACCCGUUUUACAUCUACAUCUAAUGCGUUUUCAGUAUGACCCAGUUACAGACUGUUCAGUCAAAUUUAAUGACAGGUUCGAGUUUUAUGAAAAAAUUAGUCUCGGCAAAUACUUGCAAAACAAAGAAGCAACAAGUGCGGAUUACACAUUACAUGCUGUUCUGGUUCAUAGUGGCGAUAAUCAUGGAGGACAUUAUGUUGUAUUUAUUAAUCCCGCUGGUGAUGGCAAGUGGUGUAAGUUCGACGACGAUGUUGUCUCACGAUGUACAAAGCAGGAAGCUAUCGAACACAACUACGGUGGUCAAGACGAGGACAUGUCUAUGGCUGUGAAACAUUGCACUAACGCUUAUAUGUUGGUUUACAUAAGAAAUUCAGAGCUGGAAAACGUCUUGCAAGAGGUCAAGGAAGAGGAUAUACCUCAAGAGCUGGUGGAGAGGCUGCAAGAGGAGAAGAGGCUGGAACAAAUAAGAAGAAAGGAGAGAACGGAAGCAUACUUGUACAUGACCGUCAAUGUCCUUCUCGAGGAUAGCUUUGACGGUCACCAAGGAAAUGAUCUCUACGAUCCAGAGCACGCUUUAUAUCGUGUAUUUCGCGUACGUAAGCAGGCCACUGUGCACGAGUUUCUCGAGCUGCUGAGUGAUAGUCUGAAAUAUCCUAUAGAACAGAUUCGCAUUUGGCCCUUCAGUACACGUUCAAAUCAAACCUGUAGACCUACGUUAAUCGAGCCGGAUGCUGAUCUUCAAAAGCCCAUCAUCGACUGCGCGGAAAAUCACAAUCCGUGGAACGUAUUUGUUGAACUUGUACCUCCAGACUCUGACAUGACAGCGUUACCGCCUUUCGACAAGGACACUGAUGUUUUACUCUUUUUUAAACUCUACGAUCCCAAAAAUAAGAAGAUUCAUUACUGCGGUCAUCACUAUAUGCCUGUUGUAGCUAAAGUCCAGGAGCUUAUACCAAUUUUAAAUGAACGUGCCGGAUUUCCACCUGACACAGAACUCGCUUUAUAUGAGGAAAUUAAACCAAAUUUAGUCGAGAAAAUAGACAACCUAUCGGAGCCUUUGGAAAAAGUUCUGGAGGAAUUAAUGGACGGUGACAUCAUCGUAUUUCAAAAGGAAGGAGACAAUGAAAUGUACGAACUUCCAACGUGUCGAGAAUAUUUUAAAGAUCUAUUCUAUAGGGUAGAAGUAACGUUUUGUGAUAAACUGAUUCCGAACGACCCAGGUUUUACAAUGGAACUUUCGUUAAGAAUGACAUAUGAUCAAAUGGCAAAGGCUGUAGCGCAACGAGUCGGCACAGAUCCGUAUCUUUUACAAUUCUUUAAGUGUCAAAAUUACAAAGAUUCUCCCGGCCAUCCUUUAAAGUGUACAUUUGACGGCACGCUCAAAGAAUUGGUUGCGUACUGCAAAACGAAAGUAAAGAAAUUAUUUUAUCAGCAGCUCAGUAUUAGGGUGAACGAGCUAGAAAACAAGAAACAGUUCAAGUGCAUAUGGGUAGGGCCGUCGCUUAAGGAGGAGAAGGAGAUGAUUCUUUACCCAAAUAAAAACGGCACUGUUGCUAAUUUACUCGAGGAGGCUAAGAAGCAGGUAGAAUUAUCGGAAAACGGAUCGGGGAAACUGAGGAUAUUAGAAAUGACUUGCAACAAGCUGUCACCCGGCCCCGUGGACGAUACACCAUUAGAUCACUUAAACACAUCAGGCACCAAGUUGUAUAGGAUAGAAGAAAUACCGGUUGACGAAGUAAAUCUAGCAGAGGGCGAAAUGCUAGUUCCUGUUGCGCAUUUUCACAAAGAGGUUUUCUCAACGUUUGGUAUACCCUUCUUCUUCAAGAUCAAGCACGGCGAACCUUUUCCCAAAAUGAAGGACAGGUUGUUAAAGAAAUUAGGGGUCCAGGAGAAAGAAUUUGAAAAGUUUAAGUUCGCGGUGGUGACAAUGGGGAAGCCACAGUUCAUUAUCGACUCGCCGGAAUCUUGUAUCAAAAUUGAGGAUUUCCUUCCCAGAUAUACCAGUCAGAGCACAUCACCACACAGGCCUUGGCUUGGCCUGGAACACGUCAACAAAGCGCCAAAGCGCUCUCGUAUCAACUACCUCGAAAAGGCCAUUAAGAUUUACAAUUAAAUUUCCACCACACGAAGAAAGAAAUUAAAUUAGGCAGCCACUCAUAAUAAUUUAUACGAUUCUGUAUAGUAAGAGAGCGUCGUCUGACAUAUUGAAGGUUGGAAAAAUGCGUUCAAUGUAUUCGUUUCUUCAGCCAGAUUACGUACGCGAUUUUAAUACUGCAAGAGCGACAUUGGAAGGUAAAUCAAUGCUUGGUAUACGAUGGAGUAAAAAAACUAUCGUGAAAUGUGCAGUGCUAUUUUAUGCAUCAUGAAGAGCGAUGAUAUAGUUCCUCAAUUCGAAUUUGUAAAGAUUUUACGUAAUGGCUCGAUAGCUUAUUUUGGCGUCACUCAGUAUGGAUUUUCGCCUAGACUUCGAAAACGAUUUGAUUACGAAAUGCACGUAUAUUGUAUCUAAUAUUAUUGUCUGAUAAUUAUCUCUAAUAAACUAUUUCUUUCUUUUUUUUUAAUUUUAUUAGGAAACUGAGACUUAAAAAAUUCCGGUUCUCUUACCCUAUCAUAUAGAAGUUGUAUGUAAUCGUUAUGUCCUAAGAGGUGCCGUAUUAUAUUCUACAUGAUGUUAUAUUUAACGCUCAUCGGCAUCGAGAAAGAAAUCGUUUGUCUUAUGCCGUAUCUGCAAGAUGUUUGAAAUGUAGAUUUUUGCCAUUAAAAACAGGAACAGUGCAUAAUUUUUAAUUUGCAUUAAAGAUUUUAAAGGUUUUAUUCAAAUUUUAAUAUUUAACAAGUUUAUUUAAUUGAAUUCGAAAUGCACAUCACAAGGUUCUUUCAAAUUUUUUUGUGUUUAUAAACAAAGCAUAUAGAAUUAUGAUGCUCUUUUAUUUUACGUCACGUCAUAAAAAAAAUGGAGAAGAAAGUGCAUAAUACAAUUUCUCUAAAUUGCCUUUCAAACAUCCUGGAAUAAUUUUCUUUGCGUUUGAGUGUAAUUUUUGUGUUAUUUUCUAUUAUAUGUUUUAUGUUAAAACUGUGAAAUUUUACAAGUAUAAAAGUAUAAAAUAAGAGAUCGGCGAAACGAGUGACUUAAAUUAGACGAAAAAAAAUUCUCGACAAGAUGCAAACACUUGUAAUAAGAUAUUCGCGGCUUUUUUCCCCCCUUUUUUUAAUUUUAGAGUAGAAUGAGCAAAACUGUCGGCCCACUUUUAAGGAAUGAUGUAGGAAUAACGAUUCAAUUAAGAAAUUAUAGCCAUCUAUUUGAUUAUAAAUUAAUGAUUUAUUUCUCUAUUUUAUAUUUCUAAUUUGUAACACGGCAAAAGUAGGUGAGUCACUCUCAGCAAGGUAACCUGCGUCUUGUGCAAGAUCUGUCGUUUGCGGAUCCUUAUUUAUCGUUUUCCACACUUUACUGUGAUCAACUCAACUUAGCCAACAGCAUGUAUUUAAACACCACGCCGGCUCUCGAACAUUUGAAAUAGCAUAAUUGUAAAUGUCAAGGAGGAUGCUGAGCUUUCUACGUGGAUUAUUUAAUAAAUUUCUUUUUAAGUUGAGGAACUGUUUACUGUGGUCGUCUUAAGGUUUUAAUGAGAUUCGUCAAGUUCGUAAGCUUAGACGUUAAUUGAACUAUUUUGAAUAUUUAAAAUUAUCGAAUUACAGACUCCAAGAGAAUCGUUUCGAGGGCAUACGAGAGCAAAGUUUGCAGUACGGUAGUAUACCGAAUAGUAUACCGAUACAUAUAUAUAAACGUGAAUUAUAUGCUAAGGUUUCGACGGAUUUGCGCGGCAAUUCGUCGAAAGCGAUGACGAAAGCUUUGCGCUAUCUGAUCGAUUAAUAAUUCAACCGAGAGAAACCUACACAAUACGUAAUGGUUCUUGAAGAAGACUGGGUGCAUAAGUUAAGCGAGAGCGUGGCACACGCGCAAAGUAUUUUGUAAAAACAAAACUAAAUGUGGCUGUACAGGCUGUUCGAUCGUUCGGUGGCGUAUAAUCGUAAUCUCAAUAUCGUAUAUCUAAAGCUAUUCCAAAUUACGUACCUAUAUUUACGUUUAUUAUUUACUACAAUCUAUUCGGAAUAAUUUAUCGGCAUGCUUGUUAAAUGAGUUAUCAAGGUAAAUGCGAGAGAGAGAGAGAGAGAGAGAGAGAAAGAGUGAAAGUGUGUGUGUGCGUGCGUAUCAUAAUGCGUGUCUGUCAUAAUAAAUUUCAAAUCGAGCUAUAAAGAGCAUCAUCGAAGAUCUAAUCACAGAAGAGAUAUCUCCCACGAACACAGCUGAAAUAGUAUCUUUGUAUGCCUAAAAGUUGGUGUUCGCAGUAUCGUUACAUUAUAACCGCGUAUGUUCCUGACUGCAUUUUUUUUCUUUAGCGCUAUCCUUUUUAGGUGAACAAGGGGAAAAGGGAUUGAUCACUUUACAAAAGGUCUGUGCCGAAUAACAAGUGGAAAAUAUGCUAACGAUAGAUCUCUUGUGGUAGAAGCGGCGGUAAUGAUGUUUUAUUCGCAAGAGAAAGGAAAGCGAGACAGAAUUGCAAGCAUUAACGUAGCGGACGAUCACGAUAGAUAUCAAUAUGAGAAUCACAUUUUAUUGUUUAUAUUACUUAUAUGUAUAUUAUAUAAUAUAAUUAUAUAAUAUAUGUAUAUUAUAUAUAAAUAUACAUAUACAUAUAUAUGUAUAUUUCGUUGUUAGGUUCCUUGGGGAUUAUUGCUAACAGCAAUCCUGAAGUCGAAGCUGACACACAAAACGACAAAAAAGUAUACCUUUUUUGCAAGGGAAACCAAGAGAAAAGAAAUCGUGUUAGAUCUGAAAUAAAAAGCCGCAUUUAAGUUAAUUAAUUGUACUGUCCACGGUAUCGGCGACGCGCGAUUGUAACGAGCGGCACGCGAGGGAGAGAACAAGCCGGGACAAUCCGGCGUACGACCGCUAUAUAAUAAUAGGUUGUACACCAAAUAUCUUUUGCGUUUUUGUAGAGCUGAUCUUAUAAAGCAAACUGCUCAACACUGCGAUUGUAAAUCUGAAUAUUUGAUAGUUCAUUUCUAGGGAGGCGAAACAAUUAAGUGCGAUGCAGGUAUGCGUAAGGAAUAAUAAUAAAAGCAAUACAACUGCA